CCCCGGGGGGCUGGGCAGGACCCCCAAACCAGUGGGCCCUGGAGCUGGUGCACAUGGCAGGUGGUGUCCCCGGUUCUGUGAUCUCGGCCUUUGCUGAUGGUUGGCACUGUUCUCGGGUGUGUUGUCAGCUCCUUUGUCAAAGAAGACAGCGACUUCACGGGUGCCCCUCACGGGGGCUGGUGGUAGAUGUCAGGCCCCCAGGCUGGCCGGAGCCCUCAGGCCCAGCUUUCCUGGAAGUUGCUGUCUCGCCUGCCCCGUCCUCCCCCACAUCCCACUCCCACUGUCCUGCCCCCACCUGUAUGUCUGCCACCCAGGGAAGUGCCCUCAAAGUAGCUGACACUCCCGGGGCUGUCCCCCGGCCGCCGGAGGGGACAGGCGUGGCUGAUGAUGCUCUUCCUGACUCCAGGAGCUGUUUGCGGAGUUCGGGACUCUGAAGAAGGCCGCCGUGCACUACGACCGCUCUGGCCGCAGCCUGGGAACAGCCGACGUGCACUUUGAGCGGAAGGCAGACGCCCUGAAAGCCAUGAAACAGUACAACGGCGUCCCUUUGGAUGGCCGCCCCAUGAACAUCCAGCUCGUCACCUCACAGAUAGACACGCAGCGCAGGCCGGUACAGAGUGUGAGCAGAGGCGGGAUGACUAGAACCCGAGGAUCCGGAGGCUUCGGCGGCGGCACUCGGAGAGGCGCCCGUGGAGGCAGCCGGGGCAGAGGCAGGGGCACCGGCCGGAGUUCAAAGCAGCAGAUCUCUGCAGAGGAGCUGGACGCCCAGCUGGACGCUUACAACGCGAGGAUGGACACCAGCUAAAGCACCAGCAAGUCCGUGCGUGGAGCUAGGCCUGAACGUCGUCUCCCGCUGCUUCCCGAGGGCGGGCCGGCGGGGCCCUGUGGCCAAUGAUGGAGUUGUUUCUUCUGUUUUAAAAUAGGAUUUAAAACUCAUGUAAAGAUUUCUUUUCCUUUUUUAUUUAUUUAUUU